AUGUCCUCGAAACCAGUAAAAGUAGCAGUCGCCGGCGCCGGCCAACUCGGCCUGCCCAUCGUCAAGGCCCUGCUCGCCGCCAACCACCCCGUCCUCGUCCUCAGCCGCUCCACACCCAAAGACCUCCCCAAGUCCGACCUGCUCUCCGUCGCCCAGGUCGACUACACGUCCAAGACCUCCAUCGAACCCCACCUAAAGGACGUCCACACCCUAGUCAGCACCCUCGGCUCCCUCGCCAUCGAUGCCCAAGGCCCACUAAUCGACGCCGCCUACGCCGCCGGCGUCUCCCGCGUCAUCCCCUCCGAGUUCGGCUGCGACACCCACCACCACCUCGCCGCCACAUUGCCCGUCUACGCCGGCAAAGUCGCCGUGCAGAAGCAGGUCGAGGCGCUGGCAGCGAAGUCAGAGGGAAAGUUCAGCUGGACGAUCAUCCACAACAACGCCUUCCUGGACUCGGGCUUGACGAAUGGAUUUAUUGCAAAUGUGCCCGAGAAGAAAUUGGUAAGGUAUGAUGGCGGGGACGUGCCGUUUGCUGCGACGCGGCUGGGUGUAAUUGCGGAUGCGAUUGUUGGCGUGCUGAGUAACCUUGGGGCGACGAAGAACAAGAGUUUGAAGAUCCAGGAUGUAAGGACUACCCAGAACGAAAUCCUUGAGAUUCUGGGCGGGAAGGACGGGUGGGAGAUCGAGGAGUUCGAUACCAAGAAGGAUCGCGAGGACGGGUUCAAGGAGUUACAGGAGAAAGGGAAGGAUGCGAAUUUUGGGAAGAUUAUGCUCGGACAGAUUAGGGGGGCGGCGUUUGCGGAGGGGUGGGGGGCGGACUUUGGGGAGCGGGCACCGGACAAUGAGUUGGUGGGGAUUAAGGAGAUGGGGAAGGGGGAGUGGGAGGAGUAUGUGAGGAGUUUCGCGAAGUAG